UUGAGUGAGACGUACUACGUCGAUGUCUCAAGAUCAAUGCCGAACGAUAUGAAAUUAAAAGGGACUGACAUCGCCAAUGCAUGUAGUAUGCCCUGAAUCGUAAAGUCGAAAAGGACUGCGUUUCAUUCAUAAAACAUGCGUGGGUUUUCAUGCAACACAGAAGCAGCACCAGCAGUUCGCAGCUUGUUGUUUUCAUGGCAUUUUGAAUCAUCACAGCAGCAGAGCUGAUGGAGAUUUGAUGUCACCGUCGUCAACGGGAUUUAGUUGCGUUUCGUUUGGACGGAGAAAACAAGCUCAACAUGGCUUCGGUGAACAGCUUCGGUGGUCCGGAGGAACUUGAGGACACGAAUCACGCUGUAAGUUUGAUGAAAGAGAUGAAAUUAUUCUACGACUCGCAGCUGUUAGUCGACGUGACUAUAGAAGUGGAGCCUGACACCGAAACAGCAGACCGAAGUGUUUCCUCUGGUUCUGGAAAAGUGUUCCAGUGUAGCAGAAAUAUACUGGCAGCAGCGAGCCCUUAUUUUAAGAGCAUGUUUACAGGAGGACUGUACGAGAGCACGCAGAGAAAGGUCACCAUACACGACGUGGACGCCGAAUCAAUGGCGGUCAUUAUUGAUUACUGCUACACUGGCAAAGUGACAAUCACUGAAAGCAACGUGCAGAGGCUUUAUGCAGCUGCAAACAUGCUGCAGCUGGAGUACAUCCGGCAAGCAUGUGCUAACUUCAUGACAAGAAGACUUGACCUUUCUAACUGUGCAGGGAUUUUGAAGUUUGCUGACACCUUUGACAAUCUGGAGUUGAAGAGCGAAGCUCAAGCAUUCAUCGCAAAGAACUUUGUCCAGCUCGGUGCCAGCGUGAAAGAGCUUUGUGAGCUGGACCAGAGGCAGAUUAAAGAGAUCCUCAUGUUGGAUUCUUUGGAUGUGGACUGUGAACGUAAAGUGUGCUCAUUCGCAGUACAGUGGAUUGAGAGUAAUUUACAUGAAAAUUCAGAAGAUGUGCUGCAGGUCCUCAAAUGUGUGCGGUGGUCUUUGUUUUCAGAGAAAGACAGAGUUUAUCUUGAUGGCCUUAAAUCAAAGCCUUUUAUAAAGAAAUAUCUUUCCAAUGUAUUCGAUGGCGCUGGCAGUGAGCAGAGCGGUACGAUUUCAAUGAGUGUACAUGCUGCUAAACAAAGAAUAGGCAAGAGUGCAAAAGAAAUGGUGCUAUUCCUCGGACGGCCAAAUCAACCCAUCAUGUGCUAUGACCCCUACGUUGAAGACAUCUAUUCCAUGGCAUCCCCGGUCAUUAACCUCACCAGUCAGAACUUCAAACGUUCCCCUAUGGAGACGUUUUUGGUCUGCACCACACCAGAAAACAAUCUGUAUCUCGCCUCACAGCUGUCCAAGCACUUUUGGGUCUACAAUCCCUUGUUGGAUUGCUGGCAGGAGCUUGCAGAAAGACUUCUUGGAAGAAUGCAAUCAUACAUCGGCUACCUCAGUGGGCACCUGUAUAUUUUGGGUGGCAGAGAUCCAGUAUCAGAUACCAGGCUUAAGGAAGUAGAAUGCUACAGCAUUCAAAGGAAUCAGUGGGUUUUUGUGGCCCCUUUGCCUCAUUCUUUGGGAAAGAUGCAGGUUGUGACCGUUAAUGAACGUCUUUAUGUGGUAAACAAGAGGAGGAUGCUGUGCUACGAGCCAAAGAAAAACCACUGGCUCCAACGGGCCUCUCUGAAGCGCAGUAAACUGCACAAUGCCUGUGUUUUCCAAGAGCAGAUUAUCUGUUUAUGCGAUAUCCCUGUGGUCAAAGCAUAUAACCCAGUUCGUGGAGAAUGGAGGCGGAUCGGAGACAUUCCUAUUGACAGCUGUGCUCUCAACUAUCAAGUUGUGCAACACAGCAGCAAACUGCUACUUUUAACUAUUGCAGUUGUUCAUCACAACAAAAACAGGCUUGUUAUACAUGAAUAUGAUCCCACUCGCGACUCUUGGAAAAAUGUUUCCACGCUGUUGGGAUCUUUCUUCGGAUCCAUAAGUCUCUCCACCCGGUUGUAUACUGCAUGUUUGGGGUCUGGUCGGAAAUUUGUUUUGGAGGAGGAUGACGACAGCGGCUCCAGCGCUGACUGGGACUUUGAUGGAUUGACUGAUGCAGACUCAGACUCCGGCAGCUCAAGCUCUUUUUCAGAUGAGAACUGGUAGUUUUCAGCCCAGGCUCACUGGAAAUACCUAUAUGUUUUUUGUGAAACGUAAAAUAUGUUGGUUGGUACAUGUCAUUGUUCAUUUUAGAUGACAAAUCCACUAGAUGGCACUGUGUACAUUCUUGCGAAUCUGAAAUAUGCUACUUGGGGUACUUUUCAUUGUAUAUUUCUGAUACACAUCCUUUUUGUACACACCCACAAGUAGGCAGGGCUUGUCGUACAGAUCAUCUAGACCAGGGGUUCCUAAACUUUUCAGCCCGCGACUCCCAAAAUAACAAUGUCAGUAACUCGCGACCCUCAAUUUUCAAGGUGGUUAUACUGUAAAUAAACAAAUGUUGCACACACAAUUAUAGGCAUAUAUAAACAUAUAUUGAAAACACAAAAAUGCAAGUCUAAUUACCGUAUAAUUUUUUAAUAUUUAUUUAUUAUUUUAAUUUAAAAUUAAUAUAAAAAAAUAAAGGCUGUUGGAUUUUUAUUUGUAUGUUGUUGUUGUUUUUUUUAACGUAACUAUUAACUAUUUUCUGUGUGUUAUGAAUAAAAUAUGGUAGCUCUAAUAGUUUAAUAAAAUUUAUUUGCGUUUUGGAAAUCAUAAAGCAACCCUUUGUCAUAGUCCCACGACCCAGUGGGCCCCGACCGCCACUUUGGGAACCACUGAUCUAGACCAGUGAACCACUGACCUAAACCCAACCAAUAAUGUUUUUAAAAGCAAACAUAAGAGAAAAAUGUCCCAUUAAAUGUCAUUAGUGAGAAAAGGAACAAAAAAUGUUGCUGUCAUACUGCCCCGUAGCAUUAAUUUGACUUAGAAUCUGCUGUACAGUUGAAGUAAGAAUUAUCAAACCCCCUUUGAAAUUUUGUUUCUUUUUUAAAUAUUUCCCAAAUGAUGUUUAAUAGAGCAAGGACAUUUUCACAGUAUGUCUGAUAAUAUUUUUUCUUCUGAAGAAAGUCUUGUUUGUUUUAUUUAGAAAUUUUAUUUAUUUUUUAAAAGCCAUUUUAAGGUCAAAAUUAUUAUGCCCUUUAAGCUAAAUAUUUUUGAUAGUCUACAGAAAAAAACAAUUAUACAAUAAUUUGACUAAUUACCAUAACCUGCUUAGUUAACCUAAUUAACCUAGUUAAGCCUUUAAAUGUCACUUUAAGCUGUAUAGAAGUGUCUGGAAAAAUAUCUAGUCAAAUGUUAUUUACUGUCAUCAUGGCAAAGAUAAAAUAAAUCAGUUAUUAGAAAUGAGUUAUUAAAACUAUUAUGUUUAGAAAUGUGUUAAAUAAAUCUCUCCGUUAAACAGAAAAUGGGAAAAUUGGCUAAUAAUUCAGGGGGUUUGAUAAUUCUGACUUCAACUGUAUGUUUAAAUGCAUUUUUUGCGAUUUCACAAAAAUGUAGGCUGAAGUACGUGUUUCCAAUGAGCCUGUGUUGGAUACUUCUCUACAGUCCAGCUUAGAACUGUGCAUAAUAGAGCCAAAUGCAAACAUGCUGCAGAGUAUUUUGAGAUAUAAGUGUUAAAAAUAAAUGCCUUGUUUGAGAUGUGGGACACCCCACAGCAGCCAGGGUAAGGCCUACUUGAAAUUCAUGCUGUUUGUACGAUGAGUAUUAUUUAACAAAUGCUUACCUUAUGGCCAGUGAAUGAAACAUUGUCUCAGGAUUAUAUAAAUUGGUACAAAAGAAUAUGUGUAUUUUGUCUCUGGAGGUCAUACCUGUAAAUAAAGAGCAUACUGUAAAAGAGAAUAUGUAUUAACAUUUGCCAUAACCUGUGAUUCAUGCGUGUUUAUUAUGCAUUGGAAUUGCAUUUUAGAGCUUUUGAGUAUGCUCAGAUAUUCUUGGAUGUUAAAAAUAUAAUUCUGCUGUUUAACAAAGGGAUUUUGUUUCACAUUUUAGUAGUUUGAAAUGGUAUAUUGUAUAAAAAAUUAUAAUUAUAGAAAUAAUUCUAUACAACAAAGAGUACUUGCAGCUCAUAAAAAGUGAAAACUUUUUUUUUGACGUGAAAGAAAAGUUGAUAAAAAUGUUUAUCAAGUUUAAUCUCGUAACUUUAGAUUUUUAAAAAUAAAUUAUCGUGGCACUAAAAUGUAGUCGUACAAAACUACACAUUUGAUGUGUUUCACACGUAAUUGUAAUGUGAAGCUAAUACAAUGCCUAAUCAUUUUUUUGUGCCAUAAUUUACACAACUUAAUUUCAAACUACUAAAAUGUCAAUCCGCUUGUUAAGUGUGACGUCACGUGAAGUGGCUUCCGGGUCCAAGCACUAUAUCAAACUAUAUGGGGAGACUCAUCAAAUGGUGAUAAUAAACAUUUACAAAGCGAUGUAAUACUUUAGAAAAUCAGGAUUGCAACACACACACACACACACA